CCCCAGCUCCCGGGACACACGCCGCCCCGACGCCUGCGUUAGCGCCGCCGCCGGUAAGCUCCGCGGCCCCGCUGACUCCUCCUUCUUCGCCGGCUAGCCCCAGCUCCCGGGACACACGCCGCCCCGACGCCUGCGUUAGCGCCGCCGCCGCCCCAGCUCCCGGGACACACGCCGCCCCGACGCCUGCGUUAGCGCCGCCGCCGGUAAGCUCCGCGGCCCCGCUGACUCCUCCUUCUUCGCCGGCUAGCCCCAGCUCCCGGGACACACGCCGCCCCGACGCCUGCGUUAGCGCCGCCGCCGCCCCAGCUCCCGGGACACACGCCGCCCCGACGCCUGCGUUAGCGCCGCCGCCGGUAAGCUCCGCGGCCCCGCUGACUCCUCCUUCUUCGCCGGCUAGCCCCAGCUCCCGGGACACACGCCGCCCCGACGCCUGCGUUAGCGCCGCCGCCGCCCCAGCUCCCGGGACACACGCCGCCCCGACGCCUGCGUUAGCGCCGCCGCCGGUAAGCUCCGCGGCCCCGCUGACUCCUCCUUCUUCGCCGGCUAGCCCCAGCUCCCGGGACACACGCCGCCCCGACGCCUGCGUUAGCGCCGCCGCCGCCCCAGCUCCCGGGACACACGCCGCCCCGACGCCUGCGUUAGCGCCGCCGCCGGUAAGCUCCGCGGCCCCGCUGACUCCUCCUUCUUCGCCGGCUAGCCCCAGCUCCCGGGACACACGCCGCCCCGACGCCUGCGUUAGCGCCGCCGCCGCCCCAGCUCCCGGGACACACGCCGCCCCGACGCCUGCGUUAGCGCCGCCGCCGGUAAGCUCCGCGGCCCCGCUGACUCCUCCUUCUUCGCCGGCUAGCCCCAGCUCCCGGGACACACGCCGCCCCGACGCCUGCGUUAGCGCCGCCGCCGCCCCAGCUCCCGGGACACACGCCGCCCCGACGCCUGCGUUAGCGCCGCCGCCGGUAAGCUCCGCGGCCCCGCUGACUCCUCCUUCUUCGCCGGCUAGCCCCAGCUCCCGGGACACACGCCGCCCCGACGCCUGCGUUAGCGCCGCCGCCGCCCCAGCUCCCGGGACACACGCCGCCCCGACGCCUGCGUUAGCGCCGCCGCCGGUAAGCUCCGCGGCCCCGCUGACUCCUCCUUCUUCGCCGGCUAGCCCCAGCUCCCGGGACACACGCCGCCCCGACGCCUGCGUUAGCGCCGCCGCCGCCCCAGCUCCCGGGACACACGCCGCCCCGACGCCUGCGUUAGCGCCGCCGCCGGUAAGCUCCGCGGCCCCGCUGACUCCUCCUUCUUCGCCGGCUAGCCCCAGCUCCCGGGACACACGCCGCCCCGACGCCUGCGUUAGCGCCGCCGCCGCCCCAGCUCCCGGGACACACGCCGCCCCGACGCCUGCGUUAGCGCCGCCGCCGGUAAGCUCCGCGGCCCCGCUGACUCCUCCUUCUUCGCCGGCUAGCCCCAGCUCCCGGGACACACGCCGCCCCGACGCCUGCGUUAGCGCCGCCGCCGCCCCAGCUCCCGGGACACACGCCGCCCCGACGCCUGCGUUAGCGCCGCCGCCGGUAAGCUCCGCGGCCCCGCUGACUCCUCCUUCUUCGCCGGCUAGCCCCAGCUCCCGGGACACACGCCGCCCCGACGCCUGCGUUAGCGCCGCCGCCGCCCCAGCUCCCGGGACACACGCCGCCCCGACGCCUGCGUUAGCGCCGCCGCCGGUAAGCUCCGCGGCCCCGCUGACUCCUCCUUCUUCGCCGGCUAGCCCCAGCUCCCGGGACACACGCCGCCCCGACGCCUGCGUUAGCGCCGCCGCCGCCCCAGCUCCCGGGACACACGCCGCCCCGACGCCUGCGUUAGCGCCGCCGCCGGUAAGCUCCGCGGCCCCGCUGACUCCUCCUUCUUCGCCGGCUAGCCCCAGCUCCCGGGACACACGCCGCCCCGACGCCUGCGUUAGCGCCGCCGCCGCCCCAGCUCCCGGGACACACGCCGCCCCGACGCCUGCGUUAGCGCCGCCGCCGGUAAGCUCCGCGGCCCCGCUGACUCCUCCUUCUUCGCCGGCUAGCCCCAGCUCCCGGGACACACGCCGCCCCGACGCCUGCGUUAGCGCCGCCGCCGCCCCAGCUCCCGGGACACACGCCGCCCCGACGCCUGCGUUAGCGCCGCCGCCGGUAAGCUCCGCGGCCCCGCUGACUCCUCCUUCUUCGCCGGCUAGCCCCAGCUCCCGGGACACACGCCGCCCCGACGCCUGCGUUAGCGCCGCCGCCGCCCCAGCUCCCGGGACACACGCCGCCCCGACGCCUGCGUUAGCGCCGCCGCCGGUAAGCUCCGCGGCCCCGCUGACUCCUCCUUCUUCGCCGGCUAGCCCCAGCUCCCGGGACACACGCCGCCCCGACGCCUGCGUUAGCGCCGCCGCCGCCCCAGCUCCCGGGACACACGCCGCCCCGACGCCUGCGUUAGCGCCGCCGCCGGUAAGCUCCGCGGCCCCGCUGACUCCUCCUUCUUCGCCGGCUAGCCCCAGCUCCCGGGACACACGCCGCCCCGACGCCUGCGUUAGCGCCGCCGCCGGUAAGCUCCGCGGCCCCGCUGACUCCUGCUGCGCCGGCUAG